CUUUGAAGUAGUUGUUCUUCGUUUAAUUCUUCAUUCAAUUUGAAGUUCAUAUUAUCUUUUCAAAACAAAUAAUUUAUUGCAGCUAUGAAUUUUGUGGCUGCUUUGAAAUUUGGCUCAACGCCAGAGGUUGAAGCGGCGAGAUGCAUGAAACAGUUGUUGUAUCGUUCCGAGCGCAAAGGUGAACUUUGCUUGGCAUUUACAGCGGAGCUAAUUAAUGAAAUAUUCAAAGCAAUUGGCUUGCAUACCAACAUUACAGUGCAACAAUUGGAAGCAGGGAAAGGCUUCGAUUGGGAGGCGUCUGGUUGUCAUCUCUACAUAUUCCAUUGCAAUUCGAUUUUCUUCAACUCUUUCGAGCGUUUUCUUAUGCAAUUAUGCCGAACGGCACGCGAGGAACAAGAAAAUGCUGCAACUACAGAAACGGAUUCCGGUCCAAUCAAGCGUGUCUUGCAGCUGUUAGGCAUUUGGUGUAAUUGCUAUACGGACUUAUUGGAACAGAAUGCCAAAAUGCAAGUGCAGUACCUACAAGAACCUCUUGCGCGCUUAAACUACAGACUGUUCCUUGGUGUUCACAAAAUCAGGACGGAGUUCCAUAACCGCUUCCAGCAUUUGGACGAAGUGUGCACACAUCUAUUUCAUAAUGCAUUGAAUGGUUUAUUUUUUAAAGAGUGUCAUGCGUACAUUGCUGAAGGUCUGGGGGCACUGGUGGAGAAGGAUUUUGCAAUAAGUAACGCUUUUGCUGAAGACGCAUGUCAAUACUUUUACAUUGGCUUUAGUGUUGAGCAACAAAAAGCGACUCAUUGCAAUCUCUUCAAAUGCCUGAUACGUAUGCUAAACAAUCUUGUAACACAACUUGAUGCAAAUAUUAAAGAGACAUUUCUAAGUUUUCUUAUUGAAAUGCGUAUGCAGGAAAUUUACUAUACAGUAUUAAAAUUGGAGAAAACGAAACGGUUACUAAUGGCUGCACUUAAAUUUUUGCAUGAAUUACAAGGACAACUGCUUGACCUGGCCUGUUUUUCGAAAACUUUUCUCGAAGCCAUACUUGGACUCGCUUUGCACACGGACGAAAAUGUUGCUUUAACAGCAGCUGAGCUCUAUUUCAGCAUGGCACGUAGUAAAGCAACCGCAGAUGAUUUUCUCCUAAAGCAUAUACUCGAGUAUUAUUUUACAGAAAUGAACUCCAUUGAUUCCUUGCCGAAAUAUGUCGCUGCUCUCUGGCCCAACUUUGCUUAUAUGAAGAGGGUGCGCGUAUAUUUUGAUUUGCUGAAAGAUGAUAAUUUGCCACUUGCAAUGCAUUAUUUCAUUGCACAAGUUACCAUUGUUGCUUAUAGGAAAAUGUUGUUAAAUUUCGAAAAAUAUGCACACGAAAUUAUUUUCGCUUUCCAAAUGUUGCCAGCCAUGCUCACGUCAUUAAAUAGUCAGUGUUUGAAGGGCAUACUGCUGCAGUUAUAUAGUCUUACCGAGCUGGAACUGCUACGCGGCAGUUGUGGUGGUGCAAAAGAGUUGCUUUUGGUCUUCGAGGAAUAUUUUAUAUUGGAAUUGAAAAGUGGCGUAAAUUUGCACUAUCCUUAUUUGUUGAAUUUAUUUAUGCAGUUUGCACGUUGUAUUGAAGAGACUAAAAAUUUUGAGCAGUUAGAAAUGUGUGGCGUAUACCUUUACACAAAAUAUAUGGAAAUAGAGCGAUCUCUCGCAGCGCUCGAUGAAAAGAAGACGCCAAGCAUUGCGCAAGUAAGCACCUACGAUAAUAUUUUGAAAAAGCUUUGUGUGCUACUGCUGCUAGACUACGAUGUCUUGGAUACGUUGGAUCCACUAAUACGCACGCUGCAUGAACGAUUAAUUGAAAAUCCACAACUACAUGAUCUGGCUAAUAAGCAUCAACUUUUUAUUGAUAUUUAUGCCACUGAAUUGCUGGUGCAUGCUUGUAUUAAAUUAUCGCGUGCUAAAGACUUAACGAAAACUACACAAGAGUGGCUCGCUGUUGAAAUACGCGCAUUGGAAAAAUAUUUGCUCGAUUCUCUGACUAAUGCUGGUGUAAAAACAAAUGCAGAAAUGAAUCGCUUGAAAACGUAUUUUAUAUGUCUUGUAGAUUUAUACUGCACUUUUCACAAUUCCACUGAGAUUUGUAAUUUACCACUGCUCUUGCGUCCAUAUCAUGUAUUGGUGCAAACGCUGUUGGAAAGUAGCUUGCUGCGUAAAUCGAAUUAUUCAACGUCAUCACAGAAUGUAAGCGAGGAAAAUAUGGAAUUGCAUUCCAAAUAUAUUUUGCAAUAUCAGCAGUUCAUGUUUCAAAAAUUCACACAAUUACAUUCAUCAAAAUAUGUGGUGCUGCCAUCGCCGGCAGCUUGGAAGCUAUGCUUGCAUUAUGGUUUGACUUCUCAUAAAUUCAACGAUGAAUUGUUCGCAUUUAUGGUGGCUUUAAGUACGCAUCAAUUCAGAAAUUUUGUGCAUAUAUCGGCUGUAUUAGUCUACAAUCUUUAUAAACAGAAGCCGCCUUUCAAAAUGGAUGCAGUAAUGUCGGUUAUACGUGCGCAGAAAUCCUUUAUCGAUCAGCUGCCGUCCGCACUCUCACCUAACUUACUCUGUGCCAAUGUGGUCUUGCAAGUGUUGCGAAUCUUACAAGAAUCUCUACAGAAACUACCACCCACCACUGGCGAGAAUCGCUUGAUAGCACUGAAGCACCUCAACCACUACACAUGGAAUUUGAAUGUGAACGCCGAUAAUGUAUUGCCUGAUAUUUGCACUCAAGCGAAAGCCUUGCAGAAUCACAUGCUAAAUAACGCCGAACGAAAGUGCUUAGAUACGUAUUUGAGCGCUUUGGGCGGGCACACAAAUGCCAAAGAAAAGCCACAGAGUUCUAAGUAAAGGUAUCGUUGGAAUGAUGAAUCGAAAAGUCGCCGCCAAGUAAAAGUGGAUUGCAGUAAAAUAUUCUAGAAAUUCGCUAAUGUACGUUCAUACAUACGAUAAUUUUUUUCCAUUGCAUUGUGGCCGUUAUUAUAUUUUUAUGUUUUCAAUUUAUUCUCCUUUUGGUUAUCAAUGUUUAUAAACAAUGAGUAAGAGUGAUUGUAUGUAAGAAAUAACAAGGUGUGAAUAGGUAGCCUUCUUGCGCAUCUUAUUUACGCAUUUUGCGCUUCCUUAAUUUACUUAAACCUUUAAAAUUUGUCUUUGCGCCCUUUAUUGUUUUGAAAACAAAAAAUGUAAGUGUAAGCUAGUACUUUUCCCAUAAGGCUGGUGAAAUUUUCCAUAGGCCGUUUAUUGAAACACACCCUAGCGCUUAAUUUUUCGUUGCUUUUUUAUGCUGAAGUACAUUUGUUUACUCACUACAAACAUUUUUCCGCUCCUUAUCAUUAACUGAUUUGGAAUUGUAAUUAUAUUGUUUGCUUAGCUUGUCGAUUUUUAUUUUUCAAAAUCUCGCCCAUCUGUUGGCGCACUAAAGUUUGUGUAUUUACAUAUGUAUGUCAAUAAAUUGUUCGUUUGCCGUCAUUUUUAAAUUGACUGCUGACGUUA